AUGGCGACAAUUACUACUGAACAAAAGUUGAAUACAAAAACUGUUAAAGUCAAAUACAACACACUGAAGGAAGUAUUAGAUGGCAUCUCAAAUUCAAAGGUCGCCUUAAAAUAUAAUAUACCAAAGAACACCUUAUCUACCUGGCUGAGAAAUAAGGAAAAGAUUUUUAAUGCUGUGGAGAAAGGAAACAACCCAAAACGUCAGCGUACGAGGAAAGGGUCAUUUGCAAAUUUGGAUCAAGCCAUUUUCAAAUGGUUUUUUAUUGUUCGCAGCAGAAAUGUCACUGUGUCUGCUUUAAUUCUCAAAACUAAAGCCAUGGAAUUUGCUGAAAGAAUGAACGUUACAAAAUUUCAUGCUUCAGGUGGUUUAUUAGACCGUUGGAAGAAACAAUACAACAUAUCAUUUAAAAUGGUUUCUGGUGAAGCUAAUGCGUGUACAAGUAAAAUGGUAACACCAUGGGAGAAAACCGCAUUACAAACCAUUUUAUCAAAAUAUAAGUUGAACCAAAAUUAUAAUGCUGACAAAAUUGGCUUGUUUUAUCGGCUCCAACCAAAUAAAUCUUUACAUUUUAAAAAUAAAAAAUGUGUCGGUGGGAAACACGUCUUACAGGAUUGGCAUCCACUAAUGCAUUAG